CCGCGGCCCGCGCUACUGUCAGUUUCGCUGUCACCUGUGUCCGCGCAGGUCCGUGCGUUCGAUUGAACACGCGCGAGCACGUUUUUCUCUCGCCGAGGCGUCCUUGAAAAGUACCCGGCGGAGUGAGCGAAGAGAAAGAGAGAGAUAAAGAGAAACAGAGAGAAAGAGACGGAAACAGUGAGACACACACAGCAGCUCUCUUAUAGUGGCGGCGCGCUUAUGUAAUCGCGAUAGAGGCAGAGGAAGAGACGAGGAAAAGCCGAGAGAAGAACGACGUGUGAGUGUCUCAGGUUUAUUGCGAGCGAGCGAGCGUGAGAGCGAGAGAGAGAGAGAGAGAGAGAGAGAGUGAGAGUGAGCGGGAGGGAGAGUGAGAGAGAGACAGAAAACAGAUCGCGAGAAUCCGACGGAAGUUUCCAGAAAAAAUUCGCGUGCGCACGAGAAAAGCACGGGAUUGCAUUGCGCGCAUUUGAAUCGCUCUUCGAAGUCCCGCGUGCUCGGUUGUAAGCGAACGCCUCUCGACUAAAAGUACCGGAGAAAAUAUUUCGACGCAGAGAAAAAGAUCGAGAGAAAGAGAGGGAGGGAGAAAAAAGAUAGCUAGAGCGAGGGAGCGAGCGAGCGAGCGAGCGAGCGGGAGAGAGAAAGAGAGAGUUUCACGUAUCCAAAAACGGACGCGGGCCAACGGGUCCAGAAAAUGGACUCGCCUGUCAUCGUGGACGCAGCAUCCAAAUUCGGACGAGGGAUCGAUCUGGACCGCUCGUUCCCCGGUUUCCCGUUCGACGACGACGACAACGACGGCAGCUUCGGCCGUCGCUGCGACGGCAUUCGCGCCCAUCUCGACGAUCUCGCGUCGCGGCACCCCGAACUCGCCGAGCACCUGCUCGGUCCGCCUUGGGGCGACGCGCCCUUCCACGGAUCCCUGUUACGCGGCCGCCGCCGGCGCCGCGGUUCCGGUAGCAGCGGCGGCCAGGGCUAUCAAGGUCACCAAGUGGACGAAGACGCGCGUAGCCAAGCGAGCGGUAGCAGUGCCGCGAGUGGCGCGAGCGCCGUCAGCUCGCACAGCGGUGAGCCGGACUCGUCGGUGCCGACGUCGAUACCGCAGUACGGGCUCCGUAACACGGUGGAUAUAGGUCAACAACAACGACGCGAUAUGGAGAACCCGGAGAAGGGCGAGCGUGGCCAGCGCUCGAUGUCAGCACCGCCGGAGAAUCGGCAGCAGCAAUUCGAUCAACAGUCGCGACAGCAGCAGCAGCAACCGCAAGGUCAGCGGUUCGUAUCCCGGGUGGACAUUACGCCGCAGCACAAUCAGCAGCAACAGCAACGUGCCCAGUCGCCUAAGCCGCCACCGUCGUCGUCGUCGUCCUCUAGCAAUGUCAGGCACAUCCCUAUCUUCGUGGAGGGUCGUGACGAGCCGGUGAUGCCGAAGGUCACGGACGACGCAUCUCCACCAACCUUCCAACGGCAGCCGUCGCCGCCGCAGUUCCACAGACCGUCGCACUUCAAUGAGCACUUUUCGCGGCAGCAGUGGCCACCGUCGCACUUCCAAAACGCGUUCUAUGAUCAAGACUUCGAGCAGCCCAUUCGACGUCACCAGCAACAAUACCCGCCGCAACAUCAUCAGCAGCCUCAGCAGCCUCAAUAUUACAACCAACAGCCUCAGUAUUAUAACAAGCAACCGCAGCAACCCCAGUACUACAAUCAGCAAUACCAGCAGCCUCAGCAACCGCAUAAUCAACAGCAACCGCAUAAUCAACAGCAACAACAGCAACAGCCGCCUCCAUCCCAACAACAACAACAACAGCAACCACAGCAGCAGCAGCAGCAGCAGGAAACGCCUAAACCAAAGCCGCCUCCGGUGCCAAAGGAUCCUCUCGAAAAAGUCGCUCAAGUACAGAAGGAGGUGGAUGAUUUGGCCGAGCAGGUGCAACGUUACAUCGGCGGCUCCCGGCAAGACAAGGAGUACGUUUACUUGGACGAAAUGCUGACGCGUGAGCUGAUCAAGCUGGACGACAUUGAGACAGAAGGUAGGGAAAACGUGCGGCAGGCGCGCAAGAACGCCAUCAAGAGUAUACAGGACACGAUCAGUCUUUUGGAGACGAAGACACCUCUCGCCGGCCAGAAGGAACAGUCAUGCGGAGAAGAGGAGCGUGCGGGGAAGGAUCAGCAGAAAGAGGCUCCGCAAACCGAACUCAUAGAGGUAGAUUCGAAGCAGCAGAAGCAAAACAACGAGCCGAUUCCGCUUCCGCCGGCGCCAUCGUCGCCUACAAAGACGAAAGUAGAAUCUUCGGAUAAAAAAAGUGGCGCGGCCUCCGAGCCCGCGAAUCAGAGUAUCACGGCCGCUAAGCAAGACACAGAACGGAUCGAAGUGACUGCAGAGCAAAAAACUGAGGAGAACUGUGCGAAGGAAACCACGGAACCUGUUGUCGCUCCGACGGCGAUGAACGAGUUAGUGCGUGCGGACGAAACGAGUGAGAACUCGUCGAAGCCGAGCGACGGCAAGGACGAGGAACGAAAGAACGGCGACGUGACGCAAAUGGCAGGGAAAGAUAACUCAACGACGACGACGACAGUUGCAGCGCAGCAGGAGUCGCAGACGGUCGAGGAGGCAAAAGAAGGAGGAAAGAUGGAAGUGGACGGACAGCGGCCGAGGUUACUGAAGAAAGCGAAGAAGACGAAGAAGCAGCAGCCGAUAUCCGAGCAAGCGAUUCCGUUGCCGCCACCGCCGCCGACGGAGAGUGCGAAGUAGAGGAACGUUAAGGUGUCGCAAUCGAAUACCUAAGAAACAAGAAAGAGACGUGAAUAAUUUAAGAGCCAGCAAACAAGAAACGGUGGGAGGAGAGAAAGAGAGAGAGAGAGAAAAGAAAAGAGAGGAAGAUGUGGUGGAUGGGGAUAAAGGAAAGGAGAAGAAUUUCGUUGAGUAACGAAAGAAACACGACGACGCAGACAAUGCUCGUCAAGAGAACAUUGAUUUACCGAAUUGCGCGCGCGCGUGAAAUGAAUAGACGAGUGUGCGUGUGUGUGUGUGUCUGUCUAUCUGUCUAUAAGGCGCCGAUAGCUAUUUUCUUGUUUUUUACUUUUCCUGAGACCAAGUUAAAGAAGUCUUCCGAAUUACGGAUACACAUAAGUCGUCGUACGCUUCACGCGACGCGUAGAAUAGCGAGUUCAAGCCGAGCAAACGAGAACUCUCUGAGUCGCUCGAGUGGUUGCCUUAGAACCGAGGCCUUCUUCGCAGCUUUUUUAAAAACGGUAUGAAGCGCGAGAGCGGACUGUGAAGCGAACGCGCCACGGUAGUUAGUAACCGCCAAUAAGUUCGUAAAUAACCGGCUUUCCUCAGAGAGAUAGAGAGAGACGGCCUUCGAUCUGAAGUUUUGAGAGCCGCGUGUUCCGCUAUUGUAUUUCUUCUACUGUCACAAAGGGGAAAUUUAUGUUAGGAACGUGCAAGAGAACAAAUUCUUCUUCUUCUUCCUCUUCUCCCACUCGUUGAUAAUUUCUUUCGCCGUGCUUCUAAUUUAUUUAUAUUUUUGCGAACUUGUGGACACUCGGAUGUUGCGAGAUGCGUCGGAUUUUCGUGCAGCGGUGUGCGUCGCACGAUAAUUCUCUGUAAUUUAAGCGCGCCGAGGAAUUUCGAAACGCGCAUAUAUAAAUUCUCUUUCAACUCGCGACGUUCUCUAGCACGAAUCCGUGCGACUGCGGCGGUCUGCGCACUCUGUGGAAAGAGACGCAGUUUCACAUCGCUAUAUGGCGAAGCGUCUUAUAAUACUUAUCGAGCACACCAAGUCGUCGCGACAUCGUGUCGUGUCGCCGACAACGUUUAAUCGAAAUUACCGCGAAAAGUAAUUGCUAAUUUGUAAUCACUCAAAACCGAGCAAAUUCGUUCCGUCCUACACAAACACAAUAUGCAAUCUUCAUAAAGUUCAGAAUGAGAGAUCGGACUCGCGAAAACAAAAUUGGUUUUGCCGCGUGGUUCCCGUAAGCUCUCGCAUACUCACGCACGUUCAGUCGAAUGACGACGGAAAGCGUCACAACGCCGGAUUACGCACGAUCUGCCUGGUGAGUAUACGAUCGCUGUACUCUGUGUGGUAGUGACGUGGAGUGACCUUCCUUCGUAACGCGUUACGAUAACACGACGGUCUCGACGAUAUGACGAUAAUAAGUUAAUGUUAAUUUCUAAUUUAUUGUAUGCAUGCCCGAGAGAUAAUCGCGCGCGCGUUCGAGUAUGUUUGACGCCAAUUCACUGCAACGCACGCACGAUCAAGUGUCACUUCCGACCAAGUACACAUGUGUGCGUAUGUGUAUUGCGAAGUGUGUACACACUAUAUUAGAGUCGUGAAUGUACGCGUCGAGAUAACCAUUCGACGAGAAGACACCAUCGUCUCUCGUUUCGCCUCGUGUAUAUUGGCUUAUAUCGGUAAAUAGCUCCGCUAUUUCAGCCUCAGGAGGCUCGGCAUGUCGGGAUACGUGCGAUACCGAGAAAAAGGCAGCUCGCCAAAGACCGGCCUCGACGUCGUUCGCGAAAAUCUUGGGAGUCUUGGGGAAAAAUCUUCAUUCGCUGGAUCGAAGCACGAGAGACGGACGAGCACGAUGUGCAUCAUCCUUUGGUUCCUUGUUCAUUAACCAAUGAUCGUUGAACUUUCAUCUUUCGUUUUCUCUUAUCUGUACGAUGAUAUUUCGUUCGCGUGUAAGCGACGUCAUUUUUCAGCUGGAAAUUUUGUAUUUUUUCUGAUGCGCGCGUAUAUGUGUGUGUAUGUGUGUGUGUGUGUGUGAGCGCGAGUGUAAGGAUGUGUGUGAGAGAAAGAGUGAGAAAGAUGUUCGCGUGACAAAGAUAAAUAUAUAUAAAUAUACGGCGAAAGUGUGAUUAUUUUAUGAGAUUAAUCAGUGAAAAUACAAAGUCUGCUCUAUCUCA